UUCAAUUACUUGUCCAAACUGUGGAAUAACUUAAAUUUUAACCUAAAUGUAUUAGUUGAAAUUAACAGAAUUAAAGAUAUAAUGGACGAAUAUAAUUCCGAAUCUAUACGCAAAAAUUUUUUAGAAAUACUUAAAACUAGCGUCAAAAAAAGUAUGCUAACAAAAUCACCAUUAGUUUAUACAUUUAAAGAAAAUCUUAAAGAAAUAGAACGAAGGGAACUCAAAACUAAUUUUAUGGCAAUACCGUCAAUAAUAGAGAAACACUGCUCUCUAACUAUAGCAUUAACUCAGGGGAUUCUAUUACCAGGUACCAUAAACAAGCAGAUAUGUGACAAUAUGAAGAUCAAGUUUGGUUUUUCUAAUCUUGGUCUAUCGAAAUUCGCGCAACGUCACUUUGAGGAGUUUAUACUUAAGUUGAAUAAUACGAUUUUUACAUCAAUCGAUCUAACAUUAUUAUACAAUUUAAUGGAUAUUAUUCUUAAACGGGAUCAUGAGAAUGAUGUCAAAGAUGAUCCUAAAUUUAAAAAUAUCGACACGCAAACUGAAAUGGUUAUAGUUAACGAUUUAAUACCAGCAAACAAAAACGAUUCCACUUUCAAUAAGUGGGAUCUUCAUCGUGAAACUAUUCAUUUGGCAAAUAUUAAGAAAUCACAAACGCAUUCCACACAAACAUCAAUUUCGUAUGGUCAACGUGAUUCCACAACUCAAACUUACCGUCCUAAGGAUAAUCCCUAAAUAUUAAUUCUUAACGAAAUAUAUUUCUUACGUACCUUUUGUUUUGCUUUUUAAAUCCAUCAUUGCAAUCUUGUCCUUAUAAUUUAUAUAAAGACAGU